AUGACAAAAAGUGGUGGCUACAUAAGAGAUCCCACCUCUCCCGGAAGUUCCGCCAGUCUCCCUGCAAAAACUGCUGUUAAAGAGCUCUCAAUGUCACCUGAAGAACUGCUCAUUGACAUCUGUUACUACUUCGAGAAAAGUUCCAAAGGAGGAGAAGACCUAAAACAGUUUCAAGAGUUCUGCAACGUUGCCCAGCAGAGAAAUCAAGUGGUACAGAAAGAGGCCCAGUUCGAUGUGACCUACAACGACACGGUUACCAGCAAAAGCCAAACCAUCUAUGCAUUCAACCAUACAGUUUCGAGAAACAAGACGGGAGCGAUCAGGGUGUCAGUGGAGCUUCUUUCUGAGGGUCCAGUUCAAUCCAAUGGAUCCAAUGACAGUCCAAUCCUCUUUGUCGUUAGGCAGAAACAGGCCGUUCUUUCUUUCCAGGUUCCUCUCAUUUUCCAUGGCCCGUCUUGGAGAAAGUAUCAGUAUACAGAAGCAGCUCGUACUCUGUGUCAGCCCCCGACUCAAGUGCCAUCAGAAACUCAGUUUUUCUACGUGGACGCGUCCACUCUGUCCAACGCUGGCAUUAGCUACCAGCUCAGAGUCAGUCGGGUGGACAGCUUCACCCUACAGACAAACAAGAAAUUCAGCUUCAGUGCCACUCCAUCCCAACCUCAGUUUUUUAAAUAUGUGUUUCCUGAAGGAGUGGACACGGUCAUCGUCAAGGUCAACUCUUCAGUCAACUUCCCCUGCUCCGUUAUGUCCAUCCAAGACGUCCAGUGUCCAGUGUAUGAUCUUGACAAUAAUGUAGCUUUCAUUGGGAUGUACCAGACCAUGACUACAACAGCAGCCAUCACGGUGCAGAAAAAAGACUUCCCUAGCAACAGUUUCUAUGUGGUUGUGGUGGUGAAGAUGGAAGAUGAGGCGUGUGGGGGACCUCUGAAGUUAUACCCUCUGGUACCAGAUCAGCUGUUUGACCCUGGGAAUCAUAGUAAAUCUCUGGAGGUGGUUGUCUCUCCUGCCAUUGACUGUGAGUUGGACUCAUAUGCCAUGGGGAUGUGGACUUGUCUUGGUAUAUUCUUGUUUGUGCCCAUCUGCUGUGGCUUUGCCUGUGUCAUCUACAUCUGUGUGAAGAAGAAGGAGGGGCCUAUGAAACCUGGAGAGACGUCGCCCGCAGAGACAGGACAUUCUCUGGAGCCAGUGGGGAGCUCCAGAGAGGAGUCGCUGAGUGCGGCCGAGGAGGAUAAGAACAGCAUGUGCACAAAGGAAAGCUAUGGGGCAUCCUGUCCUAAGUACCUUUACGUAUCAGAUUUAGCCAAGAGAGACCAGAGGAGCCUGACUAAAAGAUAUAUGAUCUAUUUCCUGAAUACUGUGAUUAUUGCUGUUUUCUACGCCCUGCCUGUCAUACAGCUCGUCAUCACUUAUCAGACGGUGUUUAACAGGACAGGAAAUCAGGACAUCUGUUACUAUAACUUCCUGUGUGCCCAUCCUCUGGGACCGCUGAGUUCCUUUAAUAACAUUCUAAGUAACCUUGGUUACGUGAUGCUGGGUCUGCUCUUCCUCGUCAUCGUGUUGACGAGGGACAUCAUGCACAUGAGAAACAAUUCCAACGCUCUGGAGUGUGGUAUCCCUAAACACUUUGGCCUGUUUUAUGCCAUGGGAACAGCUCUGAUGAUGGAGGGCGUGUUGAGUGCCUGUUACCAUGUCUGUCCCAACCACACUAACUACCAGUUUGACACGACAUUCAUGUAUAUGAUAGCUGGUCUGUGUAUGCUGAAGCUGUAUCAGAAGAGACAUCCAGACAUCACUUUCAGUGCAUACACUGCCUAUGUCUGGCCGAUCGCUGUCAUCAUCCUCUCUGUGCUGGGAGUGGUCUUUGGGAGGGGGAAUACAGCGUUCUGGAUUGUCUUCUCUGUCUUAUAUAUUCUGGCCACUAUAUUAAUCAGCAUUCAAAUUUACAAUCUGAGCUGCUGGAAUCUGGACUCUGGAAUCUUGAGCAGGAUGCGCUGUGAACACGGCCAGUGUAGUAGACCCAUAUACAUGGAUCGGGUGCUUCUGCUGGUGUUUGGCAAUAUUAUCAACUUUAUCCUGGUUGUGAUUGGACUCGUUAAGAAGCCGAGCGAUUUUGCCUCCUACCUCCUGGUCAUUGCCAUCUGUAAUCUCCUGCUCUAUUUCGCCUUCUACAUCAUCAUGAAGCUGCGAAGCGGUGAGAGGAUCCAGUGUCUGGCUUGGGUGUGUAUUCUCUUCACUACUGUCUUCUGGGUCUCGGCUCUUGUUUUCUUCUUCCAGGGUCUCAGCAACUGGGAGAAAACUCCGGCAGAGUCUCGGGAGCACAAUCGAGAAUGCAUCCUUCUCUCUUUCUUCGACGACCACGACAUCUGGCAUUUCCUCUCCUCCAUCGCCAUGUUCGGCUCUUUCUUAGUCUUACUCACCAUGGAUGAUGAUCUAGACUCCGUUCAAAGAAAUAAAAUCAUUGUGUUUUAA